AUUUCAAAAUUUUAUUUGAUGUCGUUAUAAUUUAUAAUAAUGAUCAAACUCUUAUAAAAAAUUUUAUUGAUUUCCAUGAAAUCAAUAAACAAGUUCCUCAAUGGUCAUACAAAUUAACAAGUGAAUUGGAAGAAUUGGAAGCUGAAACUGAAGAAAAUAUACCAACCGAACCUGGAAUUCGUUCAAGAAAAGCAAAACGUGUAGUGGUUUUUACUGAUUUAAAAGAACCGCAUAACGAGAUUUAUACUAAUCUCAAAGAUAAUCAAAAUUCUGAUCAAACAGAUGAAAUGGCUUUGAUCCGUUAUUCACAACAAUCUGAUUUUCGUCGAGAGAUAAUUAAAGGAUCCAUGCGUUCCCAAAGGCGUAAAACUGUUAUUUGGGAAUUUUUGCAAGCAAAAGCACAUUCGCCCCUUUUUUUUGAUAGAAUAGAUAAUUUUUUUUUUUUUUCGUUUGAUAUAUGGGGGCUAAAAAAAAAAAUUCUUAGAAAUUUCAUGUGGAAAAAAAAAAUUUUUUUUGAUAAAAACGAAGAAGAACAAUCAAAAAAAGAAGAACAAGACGUAUAGAAAUUGCGGAAACUUGGGAUAGCUUCUUAUUUGCUCAAAUAAUAAGAGGUUUUAUUUUAGUAACUCAAUCUAUUCUUAGAAAAUAUAUUAUAUUACCUUUAUUGAUAAUAAUUAAAAUAGCAUCCGUAUCGUAUUAUUUCAACUUCCCGAGUGGGAAGAGGAUUUAAAGGAGUGGAAACGUGAAAUGCAUGUUAAAUGUACUUAUAAUGGGGUUCAACUAUCCGAAACAGAAUUUCCACGAAACUGGUUAACGGAUGGUAUUCAGAUAAAAAUCCUAUUUCCGUUUUAUCUUAAACCUUGGCAUAAAUAUAAAUUUCAAUCAUCUCAGAAGGCUCGACUAAAAAAACAAAAGGAGAAAAAAAUGAUUUUCGUUUUUUAACAGUUUGGGGGCUGGAAACUGACCUACCUUUUGGUUCUACCAACCAAAGCCUUCUUUUUUAAACCUAUUUUUAAAGAAUUAAAAAAAGAAUCAAAAAAUCCAAACGAAGUCUUUUCCGGUUUUAAGGAUUUUCAAAGAAAGAGCAACAAUUUUCCUAAAAGUCGAAAAAGAAAUUAAAAACUGGAUUAUAAAAACUUGCUUUUUCUAAAAGAAAAAAAAAAAAACCUUUCAAAACGAAAUAGAAUUCCAUUAGUUGGCCCGAGAAAAUAUGAAUUAAAUGAAACUAAAAAAUUCAAUAAUGAGUAAUCAGAUGAUUCAUGAACUAUCUGUUCAAAAAAAUCGACGGAGUGGCCAAAUUCUUCACUCAGCGAAAACAAAAUAAAAAAUGUGAUUGAUAAAAUAAAGACAAUCAGAAAUCAAACGAAAAAAUUUCAAAAGAAAAAGAAAAACUAACUAAUAGUUGUAACAAACUGUGUUAUGAUUCUAAAAUAAUUGAGUCAUCAAAAAAAAGUUGGCAGACAUUAAAAAAAAAAAAAACUCGAUUAAUUCGUAAAUCUUUUUUUUUUUUUCAAUUUUGCGUUGAACAACUGUCUAUUUCUAUUUUUCUAGGUAUUAUUAAUAUUCCAAGAAUUACUACACAACUUUUUGUUGAUUCAACAAAAAAAAUUCUUGAUGUAUAUUUACAAGAAUGAGGAAAAUGGAGAAAAAAAAAAAAAAAAAAUACCAUUUAUUUUAUUUCGACUAUAAAAAUUUCAUAUCAAAAAAAAUUUUUUUAGUUAUGACUUAUGCUCUUUAUCACAAGCAUAUGUAUUUUACAAAUUAUCACAAAUUCAAGUUAGUAACUUUUCUAAAUUAAAGUCUUUUUUUGAAUAUAACAUAUACAUAACAUCCUUUUUUGUUAAGAAUCAAAUAAAAGAUUUUUUUAAAGAACAAGGAAUCUUUCAUUAUGAAUGGAAAGAUAAAACCCUUUUAAAUUCCGAAAUAAAUCAAUGGAAAAACUGGUUACGAAGUCAUUCUCAAUAUAAUUUACCUCAGAUUGCAUGGGCUAGAUUAGUAACCCAAAAAUGGAAAAAAAAACUAAACCAAGACUCUCUAGUUCUAAAUCCAAGUUUAAACAAAGUGGAUUCAUACGAAAAAAAAUUUUUGAUAAUUACAAAAAACAAAAUUUUGUGAGGCUAACUUAUUUUUCAAUCCAAAACAUAAACAGAAUUUCAAAAAGGAUUCUAUAUAUAAUCUUUUUUGCUACAAAUCUAUUCAUUCUACAGAAAAAUUUUUUGAUAUGUCUACAGGCCUAGAAAAUUUUUUAAUCUCUUGUUUUCUAGAAAAAUAUAAUAUUCGCAGUAUAGGGGAAAUUUUGCAUAGAAAAUAUUUGGAUUGGAGAAUUCUCAACUUUUGGUUUAGAAAAAAAGUAAAUAUUGAGCUUGAUACUAGGAGUAAAAAAAAAUAUUUAAAACUAAAGUUAAGAAUUAUAAAAGAAUUUAUAAAAUAACUAAGACGAGUCUUGCCAAUCAAAAAAUAAAUUUUUUUGAUUGGAUGGGAAUGAAUGAAGAAAUACUAAAUCCUCGUAUAACAAAUUUUGACUUUUUUUUCUUUCCAGAAUUUUUCUUAUUUUCUAGUACAUAUAAAAUGAAACCGUGGGUCAUACCAAUUAAAUCACUUCUUUUCAAUUUUAAUGAAACAAAAAUGUGAAUAAACAGAUCACCCUAAAGAAAAAAGGUUUUAUACCAUCAAACGAAAAAAAUUCCUUCGGUUUUUUAAUCUAAAUAAAGAAGAAAACGAAUCAGCAGGUCAAGAAGAGUUUGAAUCAGAUAAAGAAACAAAAAUAAAUACGGAAUCAGCUCUAUCAAAGCAAGAAAAAAAUAUUGAAGAAAAUUAUACAGAAUCGAAGAUAAAAAAACGUAAAAAUAAAAAAAACCAAAAAGCAAUACCGAAGCGGAACUUGACUUAUUUCUCAAAAGGUAUUCGCGUUUUCAAUUGCGAUGGAAUUGUUUUUUUAAUCAAAAAAUCCUCAAUAAUGUAAAAGCAUACUGUCUCUUGGUUAGACUAAAAAAUCCAACCGAGAUAACGAUAUCUUGUAUUGAAAGAGGAGAGAUGAGCUUAGAUAUUCUAAUGAUUGAGAAGAAUUUCACUUUUUCAAAAUUAAUGAAAAAAGGAAUAUUGAUUGUUGAACCUGUUCGUUUGUCUGUAAAAAACGACGGCCAACUUAUUAUAUAUAGAACCAUCGGGAUUUCAUUGGUUCAUAAAAAUAAACAAAAAUAAGUAAAAGAUCAAAAAAAAAAAGCUAUAUUUAUAAAAAAAAAGUUUAAAUUUCUUUGUCCCUGAAACUAUUCUAUCCCCUAAACGACGUAAAGAAUUUCGAAUUCUAAUUUGUUUCAAUUUAAAAAAAAAAAUGCAAGGGAUAGAAAUUCAAAAUUUGAUACAAAUAUUCAAAACUUGACCACAGUUUUGAAUAAAAAGAAAGAUCUUGAUAAGGAUAAAAAAACCUAAUUAAAUUAAAAUCCUUUCUUUGGCCCAAUUUUCGAUUAGAAGAUUUAGCUUGUAUGAAUCGCUAUUGGUUUAAUACGACUAAUGGAAAUCAUUUCAGUAUGAUAAGAAUACACAUGUAUACGCGAUUUCAAAUGCAUUAAUGGUAGAUCCUUUUUACUAUAUUUUGACUAUAUAUAUAGUAUUAAGUUACGGUAUAUGAACAAUAUAUAAUAUAAGUUACGGUAUAUGAAAACAAUUGGAUGCACAAAUGUGAGGGAUUUUUUUUAAUUCAAUCUUUAUACAUGAGAUUCAUUGAAUUGACAUAGAUACCACUCAGAGCGAAUUCAUAAAUAAAUUUUUAAAAUCCUCCUUUUUAGAUCGAAAUUUAAACUUUUUUUUAUAAAUUAAGAAUUAAUAAGUUGAUAAUUAAAUUCGGAUCCUUGUACAAAAAAACUACCAUUAUUAUUACUGAUCAGUAAAAUUCAUAUCUUUCAAUUCAUAUUAAAAAGGGAAGGAUUUCUUUUUAUGAUAAAAAAUACAUUCAUUUCAUUUCAAGAAAAAAAGAAGAAAGCAAGGGAUCUGUUGAAUUUCAAGUAGUCAGUUUCACUAAUAAGAUACGAAGACUUACUUCACAUUUGGAAUUGCACAGAAAAGAUUAUUUAUCUCAGAGAGGUCUACGAAAAAUUCUGGGAAAACGUCAACGACUGCUGGCUUAUUUGUCAAAAAAAAAUAGAGUACGUUAUAAAGAAUUAAUUAAUCAGUUGAAUAUUCGGGAAUUAAAAACUCGUUAAAUUCCAAAAUUGUGAAUUAGUUAAUUUUUUAGAUCUUGAAUUUUUGAAUAAACUUCUUUUUCAGCAAUCUAAUUCAUACCAGAACGAAUCAAGGAAAAACUUAUGAAGAGACCAGUUACAGGAAAAGAUCUUAUGAUAGUCAAUAUGGGACCUCACCACCCAUCCAUGCACGGUGUUCUUCGCUUAAUUGUUACUCUAGACGGUGAGGAUGUUGUUGAUUGUGAACCCAUAUUGGGUUAUUUACACAGAGGAAUGGAAAAAAUUGCAGAAAACCGAGCAAUUAUACAAUAUUUACCUUAUGUAACGCGGUGGGAUUAUUUAGCUACUAUGUUUACAGAAGCAAUAACAGUAAACGGACCCGAACAAUUAGGAAAUAUUCAAGUUCCUAAAAGAGCCAGCUAUAUCAGAGUAAUUAUGCUAGAAUUGAGUCGUAUAGCUUCUCAUCUGUUAUGGCUUGGCCCUUUUAUGGCAGAUAUUGGGGCACAGACUCCCUUUUUCUAUAUUUUCAGAGAACGAGAAUUUGUAUAUGAUCUAUUCGAAGCUGCCACCGGUAUGAGAAUGAUGCAUAAUUUUUUUCGUAUUGGAGGAAUAGCGGCGGAUUUACCUUAUGGUUGGAUAGAUAAAUGCUUGGAUUUUUGUGAUUAUUUUUUAACAGAGGUUGUUGAAUAUCAAAAACUUAUUACACGAAAUCCUAUUUUUUUAGAACGAGUUGAAGGCGUUGGGAUUAUUGGUGGGGAAGAAGCAAUAAAUUGGGGUUUAUCCGGACCAAUGUUACGCGCAUCCGGAAUACCAUGGGAUCUUCGUAAAGUUGAUCGUUAUGAGUCUUACGAUGAAUUUGAAUGGGAAAUUCAGUGGCAAAAACAAGGAGAUUCAUUAGCUCGUUAUUUAGUACGACUUAGCGAAAUGACAGAAUCCAUCAAAAUUAUUCAACAGGCUCUGGAAGGACUUCCGGGGGGUCCCUAUGAAAAUUUAGAAAGCAGAGGCUUUGAUAAAAAAAGGAAUCCAGAGUGGAAUGAUUUUGAAUAUCGAUUCAUUAGUAAAAAACCUUCCCCUACUUUUGAAUUAUCGAAACAAGAACUUUACGUAAGAGUUGAAGCUCCAAAAGGGGAAUUGGGAAUUUUUCUCAUAGGAGAUCAAAGUGGUUUUCCUUGGAGAUGGAAAAUCCGACCGCCGGGUUUUAUUAAUUUGCAAAUUCUUCCUGAACUAGUUAAAAGAAUGAAAUUGGCUGAUAUUAUGACGAUACUCGGUAGCAUAGAUAUAAUUAUGGGAGAAGUUGAUCGUUAAAAUGAUAAUUUAUGCAACAGAAGUACAAACAAUAAAUUCUUUUCUUAGAUUGGAAUCUUUAAAAGAGGUCUAUGGACUCAUAUGGAUAUUUGUCCCUAUAUUUUCUCUUGUAUUGGGAAUCAUAACUGGUGUACUAGUAAUUGUGUGGUUAGAAAGAGAAAUAUCUGCAGGGAUACAACAACGUAUUGGACCUGAAUACGCCGGCCCGUUAGGAAUUCUUCAAGCUUUAGCCGACGGGACAAAACUACUUUU